ACAUAAUAUAGAUCUGACAGCUUUUGCUAGCUUGUACUCGAUCGUAGUUGGAGUACAUCGUCAACAUAUCCCGUAGGUCACCCGUCACCAUGCCUGCAAACAAGACUUACCCCUCCCAUAAGAAUGCCAACGGCGAGGUGGACGACGAAUUCUACCCAUUAAUCCGCAAGUACAAGGAUGGCCGGAUCGAGCGGUUCAUGAGCUCGUUCGUGCCGGCAUCGGAGGACCCGGACGCCAGCCGUGGCGUGGCCACGAGGGACGUCGUCAUCGACCAGGGCACCGGCGUGUCCGUGCGCCUGUUCCUUCCUGCCCAGGCUGCCGAGGCCGGCACCAGGCUCCCCCUUGUUGUGUACGUCCAUGGCGGCUCCUUCUGCACCGAGAGUGCCUUCUCCCGGACGUACCACCGCUACGCCACCUCCCUCGCCGCCAGCGCGGGGGCGCUCAUCGUGUCCGUGGAGUACCGACUGGCGCCGGAGUAUCCCGUGCCCACGUCCUACGAUGACACAUGGGCCGCGCUGCGGUGGGUGGCGUCCCUGUCCGACCCUUGGCUCGCCAAAUACGCGGACCCCGGUCGCACGUUCCUCGCCGGGGACAGCGCCGGCGGCAACAUCGUGUACCACACGGCCGUACGUGCCACACGUGAUGACACCAUGAUGGACAUCCAGGGGUUGGUCAUGGUGCAUCCAUUCUUCUGGGGGCUCGAGCGGCUCCCCGCGGAGAAGGUCUCGGACGGAGACGCCAUGUUCCCGCCGGUGUGGGUGGACAAGCUGUGGCCGUUCGUGACGGCUGGCCAGGCAGGCAACGAUGAUCCUCGGAUCAAUCCUCCGGACGAGGAGAUCGCAUUGCUAUCUGGCAAGCGGGUGCUGGUGGCCGUUGCCCUGAAGGACACCCUGCGUGAACGGGGGCACCGGUUCGUCUCCAGCAUGCGCAGGUGCGGGUGGGUCGACGACAACCUCACCGUGGUGGAGUCGGAGGGCGAGGACCAUGGCUUCCAUCUGUAUGCCCCCCUACGUGCGACCAGCAAGAAGCUUAUGAAGAGCAUCGUGGAGUUCAUAAACCGUCGCCCCACCUUGCUGUCGCCGGCCAUGGUGAUCCCAGAUGGCUCGGACGAGCCUAUGCAUGGCGUGCCCAGCAGGCCUUUCAAGGACAUAUUUGAUUACGGGAUGCGGAUGAAACGUUGGAACGGGGCAAGCUCCUUGAAACUUGGACAUGCAAAAGCAUCACGGAUAAGUUAUGGAUUAAAUUUGAAGAAAGCUCGCACCUUCGGAGGCCCGUUUUCAGCGCCACCUUCGGUAAGAUCCAUGAUGAACAACUGUUUCUAACACGGUGUGGUGAACUUAAUCUAGUUAUACCUCAAUAAAUGUACUCUUUUCUUUGUUGCUAGUACUUUGAGAUUGUACACGUUAAGGUUAUGAUCACGUCUGGAGUCGUAUCGGUGCAUUAGGUAUUGCAAUGGAACAUUGUAUGGGCCAGAGACGUGCAAGUUCACGUUGCGGCCGAGUCAUAGCUAGCUUUGCAUAUUUGUCUAGUCGCCACAAUUCACCACGUGUGGGAUGGCACAGGCUCUGUCUGUAUUCCAGGGAGCUUUGUGGUUGUUACGUUAGAAUAAACGGAAUAAAUGAAGGAAAGACAGAAAAGAUGCAAUUGGGGCAUC